AUGUCAUUUGGCGAUAUCCGGCUACGGCUGGUGAUUCGCAGGCACACCGUGCCAGACGUGAAGCUCGUGUGGCCAUGCUCGUCGUCGGAUGAUUUGACUAUUGCCAAACUGCUCGGCCUGGUCAAUGAGGUGGUGCCUCUCGAGGGCGGCGAAUGGGGCCUCGAGGACUAUGUGGUCGAGCUCGGCGACGGUAGCAACGGCUCCAGCUUCGAGUGUUUGCACUUUCAGCUCGUGUCACGCAUCCUCAAGGAUGAAGAUCAAGUCUUAAUUCGACCACUUUUAAGCGACGACCUUAAGCGACGACGACGAAGCGGGCGACAUCAAAUUUCCAACGGCGGCAAGCAUCUGGUUGAUGGUAUCGCUUUUGGGAGGCCUUGGCUACAUCUGCCUGGGGAUCGCCCGGCCCUCGAGCUCCCACCGCGUAAACGGGCGCGCAUCACAUACGGCGAUCAAGGCGACGAAGACCAAGACUCCGAUGCCGAAUCCGAGUUUGACGCUGACUGGGACUCCAACGACGAACCAGAGGCCGACGAUGGAGAGCACGCAAAUGGCUCCUCAUUCGAAGACGAACAAGGCGAUGAAGACCUGAUGCAGGAGCUGGAGCUUCUCAAGAAGGACAGGCGUGAUAUUUCAGAAGCAUCGAGCGACAAUGAGGACGUGGGAUUCGGGCUUCUACCCAUGCUGGAUUCGAUGGCGGCGCUUCGCAUGGCAUUUCCCAACAUCCCAUCAUUCAUCAUCCAGCAAGAGCUGCGUCGCCAGAGCCAGAAAAUACGGGAUGCAUAUACGAAGCUGGCACAAUCGUACGGGCCGAGCCUUAGCUUUGACCAAAUGAUGGACUCAGUCUUGACGACCUCGCGACCGUCGAACACCCCAAUUACUACGCGUUUGCAGUCCUUAGGCGAGGAUUCGCCGGCACAGCCGCCGACGGGUCGUCGUCUGAUUGAAGUUGUGGAGAGCGAAGGGGAUGACGUUGUUGGAGAAGAUCCAGACUUGAACGAAAGUGGCAAGGUUAUUGGUCUGGGCAUUCGCGAUGCUGAUGUUGGCUUGGAUAGCGAAAGUGAGGGCGGCGAGACCAGCGAUUCUGACUCGGAUUCUGACUCCUCAGGUGGCACCUCCUACAAGCAAGCUAAGGAUGUGGCCACGGAGAAUAAGAACGACGAUUCGGAUGAUUCCUUUUCCGAGUUUGACUCUGACUCUGAUUCAAGUUCUGAUUCAAGCUCCGAUUCAGACUCGGAGGACGAAGUAGCUACUGCUAGGUCUCGAGAUCCCAUUGAAGCCUUUCUCAGCAGCGAUUCUGAUUCUGAUUCCUCCGAUAGCGAGUCCAGCUCCUCGGAGGACUCUGAUUCUGGGCCGAUGGAAAUCUCUACGUCAAGGAUACAAACACUUUCGAAGGCUGUGAUACCGCCUACACCAUCUGUACUCGUUCCUGCAGUCAAUCCCGGCUGCGGCUUGAGUAGGACCCAAAAACGUAACGCAAGAAGGAAGCGAAGCAAGCAAAUACGCAGUUCGGCCAGCGAAGGCAACUCGCUACAUGACUCCACGCCUGACGAAAUCAUGGCUGAUCUUGCAGCCCGGAAGGCCGCUCUUCUCAGCUCGCUUGGAAGCGAUUCUCUGCCAUCUGAAAUCCCAGAGUCUGUGCCGUUUGACGCGUCUCUCAGCGAGCCGCCGGCUGACCAAGCAUCAACGCGAACGACAAACGGCGUAGCUGAGCUGCAAACGAAGGGUGAAGCCGCUAGCGCCUCACAAAGAAGACUCAAUCUGAACACCGGAGCGAGUAAGAGGCUGCUGUUUGGUGCCCUUGGAGUAAAAGCACCAAAAAGCAAAGCCGACGAGGAGAAAAUCAAGCAGGAUUUAAUGAAGGGCGUCAAACCUCUUGCCAACAAACGACUGGUGGAAGAAGUGGAGGAGGCAGCACAGCCAGAUACUGCUAUGGAGGACGACAGCUGGCGAGACAAGAUCAGCUACCGUGCAGUUGAAUGCUGCCAGGAGGGCAUUGUUCUGAGUCAACCGCCAUUCCCAUUUGUGCAGCGUUGGGACCCGCAACAGCAAUACAACUCAUCGCGGAAACGCAAACGGCAUUCACAUUCACAGCACUACGAAGACUACGAGGACAACUCGCUAGUAUUCGGUACACCGGCGAAAACGGGAUCUAAUAAAAAGAUGAAGUCGAAAAAGAAGAAUUCUGACGACCAAGCCGAGACCGAGAUGCCCAACAGUCACGCGGGUGAUGCUGGACCUGUAGAAGAUCUAGAUCUGCCCCCGCUCCCAUCUGAUCUCACAUCACUGGUGUCGCUGGAAAAGGACGCGGUUACUCCGGGCCAACUAAUUACCUGGAAGCAGCUGUCCAUGUCCAAAGCUACUGGUUGGCAACCUCAACUUGCCUCAUUCACGGCUGUUGUACUCGUGGGCUCUGACAAGGAUAAUAUCCAAGUGCUUCUGGCCAAGCGUGAUCGAGAAACGAAUGACCACGUAUAUGAUGAGCAUACUGGGCAGCGAGUCUACGAAAAAUUCGAAGCACCGGCGCUAGACGACGAGGAAGAGGCUGAGGCAGACGAUGGGCACCGAACCAUCAGCUGGUUUGAGAUGAUGGAGCCACGACAGGUUCCCGGAUCAGCACCCGCAGGGUUCGUUGAGAUGACCAACGGCGCCCUUGCCAUAGGAGAGGUAAGCGCGGAAAAAAGCGGGCAUGCCUCGACGGGACACUCAGAGACGCAGCAAUCCGCCGAAACGCACACGAGUGCUGACGGUGCCGACUCGGCGCUGUUGCACUCGGCACAACGCCAACAUCACUUCGAGCUGCCUCUAGCAGACGACGGACUGGUGAGCGCGGCGAGCGACAGCUUGGACACGGGUCACGCACCUGGUGUGCGGCAACAGAGCCACGAAGAGGAGACUGUGCCUGCGCGUGGGUCUCCCGGAGAGGGCCGCCGACAACAAGAAGCUGCUGCUGACAAGGUGGCAACAGGAUCUCUCUCCGGGAAGCCAAGUCUAGGCAACGAGGCAGACACUGCCACGGACGCCCAGGAGGCGGCGCAGCCCCAAGCGACUAAGACGACGACGACGGCGAAGGGUAAGAAGGGCAAGGCAAAGGCAAGAGCGGAGACAAAGGCUGCAGAAGAUAACGAUGCUACUACGGUUAUACCGUCGUCGCUGCCUGACGAUGUGCAAAAUGAUGUUGAGGACGGCGUCAUGGACAUGGAGGUGGGCGACUCGCUGGCUAGGGACGACGACGACGACGACGACCUCGUGAUCCCAGAAACACUUCUCGAUGCCGUGGCGCCGCUCGCACCGGUUCCUGAUCUGCUAAACAGUAGCCCGUUUGAGUCGCUCGAGGACCUGUUCGUGACGGCGUCAUCAUCGCGGGCGUCCAAGGACGAGGCAAGCAGCUCGCUGCCCGUCAUGCCGGCCCCGCGCGCCAGCGAUGCCGAGUACGAGGAAGCCAUACGGCGGCUCGACGACGUUGAGUCGGACGCUGGCGCGUCGCGGAAUCUGUUCCCCAACGCAACGCAACCUACCACGGGGCCCGCGGCAGCCACGACAGCACCGGCGGCGCGGAGCAGCCCGCGUAGACAGGCCAAGCCGACCAAGACCGGAUGGACCCUGCCGGAGGGCAGCCUGGUGAUUGCGCUGAGCUCUAGUCCCGUGCAGCAGCGACGACAGGCAUCACCGGAGGCGGCGCCUCGGAGGGCCAGGCCGGAGCGGGCGGCGGUGGCUGCGAGUAGGCGUCGCAGCGCGAGCGCGCAGGUGCAGGCGGAGGAGGAGCGGGAGAUCGAAGGCAGCCAGCAGCAGCGGGCCAAGCUUAGGAACCGGUCCAGCGAGCGGCGGGGAGGCUAA